ACUCUGAAGCAGGGACCAGGCCUGCUGAGGCCUCAGGAAAAACGGGACUCCAGGAUGCCUUAGCACACCUGUGACCCCAGGUGGGGAUGGCUGAGUGUGCUGUUUGGAGACCUCUCUCCCUGCUUCAGGGGUAGCUGAGGACCACCUUAGAGGCCUGCAGGAUGGAGGGGGCGAGUAAGGAGAAGCUGUCAUCUGUGUCCAAUCUGGUGACUGUGUUUGAGAAUAGCAGGACCCCGGGAGCAGCACCCACAGUCCACGGCCUGGAGGCUGGGCAUCACCACCCUGGGUGCAGGCCUCCUUCACCCACAGGGCCAUGGGAUAAGCCCACCGUGGAGGAGGCCAUGGAUGCCGGGCCCAGGACGGUCAGCAGGAGGUAUCUGAGCUCCCUGAAGAACAAGCUGUCCAGCAGGGACUGGAGGAAAUCUUGCCAGGCUAGGACCUGCCCCGGCUCAGGGACACAGGAGCCUGAGGACAAGAGGAUCAUCCAGGAGCUGCUGGAGACAGAGCAGGCCUAUGUGGCACGCCUCUACCUGCUAGACCAGGUGUUCUUCCAGGAGCUGCUGAAGGAGGCCCGCAGCAGCAAGGCCUUCCCCGAGGAUGUGGUCAGGCUCAUCUUCUCCAACACCGCCUCCAUCUACCAGUUCCAUGCGCGGUUCUUCCUCCCAGAGCUGCAGCAGCGGCUGGACGACUGGACGACCACCCCCCGCAUUGGCGACGUGAUCCAGAAGCUGGCCCCCUUCCUGAAGAUGUACAGUGAGUAUGUCAAGAACUUUGAGCGAGCCGCUGAGCUGCUGGCCACCUGGAGUGACAAGUCUCCACCCUUCCAGGAGGUUAUCACCCGCAUUCAGAGCAGCGAGGCCUCGGGCAGCCUGACCCUGCAGCACCACAUGCUGGAACCUGUGCAGAGAAUCCCACGCUACGAGCUGCUGCUCAAGGAGUAUGUCCAGAAGCUGCCAGCCCAGGCCCCAGACCUGGCUGAUGCCCAGAAAGCCCUUGACAUGAUCUUCUCAGCCGCUCAGCACUCCAACGCAGCCAUCACUGAGAUGGAGCGGCUGCAGGAACUGUGGGAAGUGUACCAGCGCCUGGGCCUGGAGGACGACAUAGUAGACCCCUCCAACACCCUGCUGCGUGAGGGCCCUGUCCUCAAGAUCUCCUUCCGCCGCAUCGGCCCCAUGGAGCGCUACCUUUUCUUGUUCAACAACAUGCUGCUCUACUGUGUGCCCAGGGUCAUCCAGGUGGGUGCCCAAUUCCAGGUCAGGACCCGUAUCGACGUGGCCAGCAUGAAGGUGCGGGAGCUGACUGACGCCGAGUUCCCCCACUCCUUCCUGGUGUCCGGGAAGCAGCGCACCCUGGAGCUGCGGGCCCGGUCCCAGGAGGAAAUGAUCUCCUGGUUGCAGGCCUGCCAAGCCGCCAUUGACCAAAUCGAGAAGCGGAAUGAAACCUUCAAAGCUGCGGUCCAGAGCCCUGAGGGAGACACCCAGGAGCGGGAGCUGCAGUCCGAGGAGCUGGGCCUCCGGGCGCCGCAGUGGGUCCGUGACAAGAUGGUGACGAUGUGUAUGCGCUGCCAGGAGCCCUUCAAUGCCCUGAUGCGCCGCCGCCACCACUGCCGGGCCUGCGGCUACCUCAGGCCCUGCCCUCCCAUCCCUGCCAACCCUGCCCGCUUCAACCGGUACAACCAGAAGCGCUGGGCGCUAACUGUGCCAGGCUCUAUCCUGGGCCAGUUGCUAGCUGGCCUUCGGCCUAUACACAGUGAGCUUCUGCAAGUCAAAGGCCAAGGUGGAGGUGAGGGCACCUUCCUACUGGUGCUCCUGGCCUGA